GUUCAAUUGAAGCUCCCUUACAUACUUUCACUCUUAAAUCCUCAAAACGAGUAGCUAUCGCUCAUACGAUUGUUCAAUUACCAUCCAUAAGACUCGACAUCAGCACAAUUUUCAAGAUGGCCGCUGCAGCUUCUGUUUACCCUCCGCUCGACCAGCGCCCGGUCAAGAACACAGUGCUUUUGUUUGAUGUCGAUGACACACUUACAAAGCCGCGUCAGCUUGUCAAGCCAGAGAUGCUCCAGCUGCUCUCUGAGCUCCGUCACAAGGUCGCCAUUGGCUUCGUAGGCGGCUCGAACCUCGCCAAACAGCAGGAGCAGCUCGCGACUGCCGACGUCAACGUCACAUCCCUCUUCGACUUCUGCUUCGCCGAGAACGGUCUCACAGCAUACCGGUUGGGAGAGCAGCAGGCCAGCCAGAGCUUCAUUGGGUGGAUCGGGCAGGAGAAGUACAACAAGCUCGUGAAUUGGAUUCUUCACUACAUUGCCGACCUCGCUAUCCCAGUCAAGCGUGGUACUUUCGUCGAGUUCCGCAACGGCAUGAUCAAUGUCUCUCCCAUCGGCCGUAACGCCUCGACCGAAGAGCGCAACGAGUACCAGAAAUACGACAUCGAGCACGACAUUCGGCCAACCAUGGUUCGCAAGCUGAAGGAAGAGUUUCCCGACUACGGUCUCACAUACUCGAUCGGCGGACAAAUCUCCUUCGACGUGUUCCCUACCGGCUGGGACAAGACGUUCUGUCUGAAUUUCAUCGCACAAGAGAAGGAGAGGGAAGGUGGCGUGGACUACAAGACAAUCCACUUCUUUGGUGACAAGACACACAAGGGUGGCAAUGACUACGAGAUCUACAGCGAUGAGAGGACGAUCGGCCACUCGGUAAAGAACCCAGAUGACACAUAUGCGCAGCUGCAGGAGCUGCUCAAGUCGUUUCAGCAAUAGGCGGUUGACGGGCAAGCUAAAUGCGAAAUGUAUUGCAAAGAAUUCAAUCUGAGUAGAGUCCGAGCAUCAUCACAAUAGACUUGAGAUUGCAC